AUGGGGGAUGUAAAAGCUUUAAAGAGGGAAAACAAUGAACUUAAAAAACGAAUUAGCCAGCUUUCUAAAGAUUUCAAGUCCAUGCAGCUGAUGCAAGACAAGAUGGCUGAAAAGCGCAAGGUUUAUUUGAGUAGCAAGAUACCAAAUGAGAAUGAUGUUCAAUUUCUUAGUAAUGGCUAUGAUGAGUUGGUGAAAUUCAAGAAAAGAUACACAAAAAGAGCUGACGAAGGCUUGAGUACAUAA